GUCAUUGCGCAUAACCGGCUGGCAGUCUCGAAUCGGGUAGCCUGGUGCGGUUUGAGGAUGGCUGAAUCGGAGGGAAGUAAUGGUGUGCAGUUCUUUGAAGGUGUAGAAAAACUUUUGGAAAUUUGGUUCACCAGAACUGACGGAAAUUCCAAACAGUGUGAUCUGCGGAAUAUACCAAGACAGAAACUGGAGAGUCUAUUGAAAAUUGUUCGAUGUGAAGUCAUCAGCUUCAUACACAAUGAUCAAGUAGAUGCAUAUGUCCUCAGUGAGAGUAGUAUGUUCGUUGCUCGCCGUCGUUUCAUCUUGAAAACUUGUGGCACCACAACUCCACUUCAGUGCCUGAAGCCUCUCAUGUUGUUGGUGGAGCAGUAUGCUGGAUUUGAUGAAGUGGAGGAUGUGUUUUAUUCUCGGAAGAACUUCAAAAGACCUGAUCUUCAGAUGAAUCCACAUCAAGCUUUUGAACAAGAAGUUGCUUUGCUGGAUAGUUUUUUCAAAGAUGGUGCUGCUUACUGUUUGGGCACUGUAAAUCGAGAUUGUUGGUACCUAUACACUCUGAACCCAUUGGAGGGAGAUAACAAGAAGCGGCAUCGGGGCAUCCCAGAACCUGACCAAACAUUGGAAAUACUUAUGUCAGAUCUAGAUCCAGAAGUGAUGGCCAUUUUCACGCGGGAAGAGUCAUCCUCAGCUGCAGAGGCUACCCAGAAAUCUGGAAUUGAGAAGCUGGUGCCAAAUAUGAUGAUUGAUGAUUUUCUGUUUGAGCCCUGUGGUUACUCAAUGAAUGGUAUUUCCAGUAAAAAUGGUGGCCCUGAUUUGCCCUCUGGCUGCUACAUGACUAUUCACGUUACCCCAGAGCCAGACUUCUCUUAUGUCAGCUUUGAGAGCAACGUGCCACAAGCUUCAUACAAAGAUGUGAUCUCCCGAGUAUUGGAGACUUUCCAACCUGGAAAAUUUGUUCUUACAGUAUUUGCAAAUAAGACUUCUCCUGCUGCAGAGUGCCCUAGGGAACUUGAGAAGACAUCUUCAUUUGGAGACUGGCUGCGUCAUGAUAUUCAAUAUUGCCGUUUCAAGAACUAUGACCUCACCUAUGCUUUCUACUCCAAAUUCCCAAGCUGAGGGUCCGCGGUGGCCCGUAGCACGGAUGGAAGCAAUCCAUUCGUCGCUCGGCGCCUUUUGGGGCCUUCUCCCUUGCCCCACAUUAAAUUUCCCUUCCAAGGUAGUCGUAGUCUUAGCAAACAAUACAAUGCAUUUCGUUGUGGUUCUCUUCAGUGCUUAUGUGUACUUAGUUUUAGUGUCACCUCUGGGGGUGCAGAUAUUUCCAGUACCUCACAGAGCAGGUAUGGUACAGUAUGGCAGGACAAGGGGUGUUGGUGUUUGAAACUGUGUGAUCCACAUUUUGCUGAUGUUUCAAAUGAAUUUUUCUGUAUGGCAAGCCAUUGGCUCAAUUGCUGGUGUAGAAUGGUACCAUCACAUGUGGUCCUCUUUCCUUUCUCAUUACUCUUGUCAGGUCUCAGUCCAAACCUCUUGUACAUGUGGUGGCGCAACAAGAUCUCUUGAGGUGGUCAGUCCCAGAACAGUAGCUGUGGUAUGAAGUGAAUAAUGAUGUCAACUGCAUGUCUCACCUAUGAGGGUGACACGCUGGCAACUCUGUGGCUCACUUCACUGGUUCCUUGGUUUGCCUAGUCUUUGUUGCUGAGCUGUGUUGCCAACUGCAUAGGGGCAGCAAGCUGUUUCCAAGUCAGGCUCUGCUGUUCCAUAUUGCAAUUUUUUAAAUGUUUUAAACUGAUUUUUAGUUUGUUUUUACAAGUUUUGAAAUUAAUGGAAAUGAAGUAGUGAAAUCAGUACGUUGUGGAAAUAGGGAAAUUUUUGUACAGUGUACAUGUUCCAUUCCAUUUUUAUUCCCUGUUUAGUGCUGGCCAAAGAGUUAUGGGGCAGUUUUCUUGCUGUGUGCCAUACAUACACACCUUUUCUUUGGAGCUGUGUGCAGAGAAAUUGGAAGCUGUUACUGUUUUUUAUAUAUGAAUUUUUUGCACCUAUAAUGUGGGUGAGUACACUUGUAUUUUUUCCCUGCGUUUAUGUGAUCAGCGGUCACAAACUUUAUACUGAAACAAAGUUGUCGUCAAAUCUGUUUUUGACUGGGAACAAUGGUAUUUUGCUUGUGGACUACAGGCCACGAUAGCUGAUAUGUAGCACGAACUUCAUGGAGCUGAGCCCUUCUCGAGAAGC